AUGCCUGCUAUAGUCAUAAGUGCACUUUCAGACCCAGUCGCAAUUGUCCAUAUACCCAUAUCAUUAAGUGAGGUAUACACUACCAAGAUAUACUGGACGAUCGAUAGAUCUUCGGUCGAGUCGGCAGAGUUCUUCAACAUAACAUCUAACAGAAUUGAGAUGGCAAUCUUUGGCUCGCUCGAUCUCAUCACCCAUGAAUGGUCAGCGCUAAGCGAAAGGGAGAAAGGUGAGAUCCUAAUAUCGACAAGUUGGAGGGUAUUUGAGAUUUCGAGUGGAGAUCAAGAUGAAGUUGGAAAUUAUGACUCUCCUCAUCUACGUCACGUCUCUGCUCCACUGGCCAAAGCUGGUAUAUCCAUCUUAUACCAAUCUAGCUAUUUCACCGAUUUUCUUUUAGUGAAAGAAAGCGAUUUUGAAAAUGCUAAAAAUAUAUUCAAUCAUCAAGGAUGGCAAAUUGACCCAUCCUCCACACCCUCACCGAGACGACGCUCCCUAAUCUCACCACUAACUCCCUCUCAACCUUCUUUCCCAUCAUCCACUUCUUCUUCACCAGCCAGAUCAACAUCUAGCAUCACACCAGAAAUCACCGUCUUACCUUCCCCACUAGCAUGUAUAGGAUUCUCCAAAUCGACCGAAAACACAUUCUCAGAAAGAAUUAGGAAGUUCUUGGUUUGGCCUGAAAGAUGUUAUGCCGCUCGACCCCUACUCAAUGAUAAUGAUGACUUGGAGAGGAACGCGGACGGGGAUCUACUACCUAGGGGAAAACCAUUUAUAAGUUAUACGAAGAAUGAAGAUGGAUCAAGUCUAGUGACUGAGAUUGAAGUAUUGAAAAAUAUAUUAACGAAUGAUGAUGGUGAGGAGGAUGGAGAGGAAUAUGGUAAAUCUAGUGAAUUAUUCAGGUCAGAUCGAGAAGAACUCUUCUUUCCCGAUCGUGAUCAGGAUGACCAAACUGAAGAUGAAGGUGAGGGGUAUCGUUCAAUAUCAGAUGACUCGAUGAGUUAUCUUUCAUCGGAAGGAUUAUCUCAUCAACAUACCAUAUCUAGAUUCAAUGGCCAAACGUUUACACCUCCACCUGAUACACCGACCCCUUACGAAUAUAGUCUACCGCCCACACCAUACGAUAAGAGAUCCUUCGAGAUUCUUAGCAACUCCCAUGUCGAGGCGGAUCAUGAGCUGGAUGAUGGAAAAUCUGAUUAUUCAGUAGGAGAGAUACCCAUCAAAUGGUCUUCAGGGAAGGAAUUUACCGGUACCAGUACUAGGAAUACCAGUGGAAAUGGAAAUGGGAGUGCCGGAGGUAGAAAAAGAUGUUUGCAAUUGGAUCUAAGAGGGAUAGGUGAUUAUGAGAAUGAGGAGAAAGGGGCAUAUCAUCUACAUAAAUCAGGAUUAGUCACUCGAUUUUCAGAAUUAUUAUCAUCCUCGUCAUCGAAUGGCAUUCGAAAUGGAAGUCGAUCCCAGCCUAUUAGAAUGUUAUAUUCGUCCACUUUCCAUACUGCCAAUAUCCUAGUGGAAGCUAGGGACGUCAAGAGAGCUAAGCGAUUAUUGGAGAGGAAACGAAGAUCAGUUGAAUGGAAUUGA